AAAUGCAAUUGUGACUAUCUUCAGAACAAAGUGAGAGCGUCGCCAUUUUUGCAGUUUCACGGAAAUUGUGCGUGGAAGAGAAAAUAAUUGUGAAAGAGACUUGAAAGAAAACUGCGUAGACUAAAAUGAGUGCACAAAUGGUUCUAUUUGCCUGUUCAAAGUGUUUUACACGUCACGAAUUCCAUGAAUUAUCGCCAGGGCAACAAUUGUGCAAGGAAUGCCGUGGAGCGUAUCCCAUCGUCAAGUGCACAUACUGCAGAUCAGAAUUCCAACAGAGCAGCAAAGGGAGCACCUCAACAAUCUGCAAAAAAUGCGAGCAGAAUGUUAAGCAGUAUGGAAAGCCGUCAGCUUGUGAAUACUGCAAUAUAAUUGCUGCUUUUAUCGGGUCAAAAUGCCAAAGGUGUACAAACUCCGAGUUAAAAUACGGACCUGCCGUGACGUGUGAACAGUGUAAACAGCGAUGUGCCUUCGAUAGGCAAGACGAUAAUAAGAAGAUCGAUGGCAAGUUGCUGUGCUGGCUGUGCACAUUAUCAUACAAGAGGGCACUGGCGAAGGCACGUCAGGUGGAAACCGAACGCAGGAUGGCCAAGAAGCGAAGUCAUAACAGCGACAAGACGGCCCAGCAGCAGAUUAAGGAGAACAAUGCCAAAAAGAUACCACGCAAUGAGCUGAACAAGGGAUCAAGUGGUGUUGGUUCUACAGACAUUGCCGAAAAGAUGGCCAGAGUGGCCAACAGUGGCUCCAUUGAUCCCAAUAGUUCAGAUCAUGUUGUGGCGAUGACACAGCUGAAGGAAACAAUUGCCAGUUUGCAGAAGAAACUCACCCUCAAAGACAAGGAUCUCCUGCAGAAGGACAAAGCGAUCACAGAGCUGAAAGCAAAGAACUUUACAUCGGAGCAAGAGCUGAGGAAUAAGAUGAAGGAGGAAGAAAGGAUGUACGAGGCAAAAAUUGACAUGCUGAACAAGAAGGUGGCCAGCUUGAUGAAGGAAGUGGCGGCGCUGUCAAAAACUUCAAGGCGUCUGGCUGGAAAGGAGGCCAAGAAUGACAACAACCAUGCAAAUCUGGCAAAGGAUAGUGGCGGUUCUGGAACAGAUAGUCCUAGCACAAACUGAAGUUUGAUAUUAAAUGCGUUUUUUCCUUUGUCCUCUGUGGGCAUUUUUUUAAUUUCUUGUAAGAGGCAGAAACCCUCAUGCAGAGAUAUAUUGAAAUCAGGAAGACGCCAUUGUACACCAAUCUUUUUUUCUUUCAAAAAAAAAAAAAACAGUUGUAAAAUCAUUAGGAAGUAGUAUUUUUUUUCAAAUUGUAACGUAUGUGGGAGGGCAAAAAAUCAUUGGAUUUGUAGAGAAAGGCAUUAUGGAGUGUCCAUAACAAAUUCCUGAGACAUUCUUUAGCAAUUCAUUAGAUGCACAAAGUACUCUGCAUCAUCUCUAUUUUCUUGGAAGAAUAAUUUAUUUUUAGUCAAAUUGUCGUCCAUGUGAAAGAAAAAAAAUCAUGUUCUUUUCUUUUCCAUUGAAGAAAAAAAAAAAACAAAAAUUUAAAGUGAAAUAAACAUUUAUUGUUUUUGACAAAAA